CAUGGCAAAGCGCCUCAACCAGAUUGGGGUGGAGAACACGGAGGAGAACCGCCGGCUGUACCGCCAGAUCCUCUUCAGCGCCGACAGCCGGGUGAAGAAAUGCAUUGGGGGGGUCAUCUUCUUCCAUGAGACCAUGUACCAGAAGGCUGACGACGGAACCCCCUUCGUGCAGAUGAUCAAGGAUAAGGGCAUCGUCGUGGGCAUCAAGGUGGACAAGGGUGUUGUGCCGCUGGCUGGGACUGAUGGCGAGACCACCACGCAGGGUCUGGACGGGCUGUCGGAGCGUUGUGCCCAGUACAAGAAGGAUGGGGCUGACUUUGCCAAGUGGCGCUGUGUGCUGAAGAUCAGUGACAACACCCCCUCUGCGCUCGCCAUCAUGGAGAACGCCAACGUCCUGGCCCGCUAUGCCAGCAUCUGCCAGCAGAAUGGCAUCGUGCCCAUCGUGGAGCCAGAGAUCCUGCCUGAUGGUGACCAUGACCUCAAGCGGUGCCAGUAUGUGACGGAGAAGGUGCUGGCAGCUGUCUACAAGGCACUGAGCGACCACCACGUCUACCUGGAGGGGACCCUGCUGAAGCCCAACAUGGUGACCCCCGGGCACUCCUGCCCCACCAAGUACAGCCCCGAGGAGAUUGCCAUGGCCACU